AUGGAUGAAGUCUUCAAGCCCGCUCCAGAGCCCACCACCCCCCUGGGUCGGUACCGCGUCCUCUCAUCAACAGCAGGCGUCCGGGUCUCCCCCCUCCAGCUCGGCGCAAUGUCAAUAGGCGACUCCUGGAACCAAUUCAUGGGCAGCAUGAACAAAGAACAAUCCUUCGCCCUACUUGACGCCUUCGUCGCAGCAGGCGGCAACUUCAUCGACACAUCCAACAACUACCAAAACGAGCAAUCCGAAGCCUGGCUAGGCGAAUGGAUGACAGCCCGCCAAAACCGCGACCGCAUGGUGAUAGCCACCAAAUUCACCACCGACUACCGCAGCCACGCCCUCGGCCAAGGAAAUGCCCCCAACGCCUGCGGAAAUCACAAACGCAGCAUGGUCCUCAGCCUCCGCGACUCCCUCCGCAAACUCCAAACCGACUUCGUGGACAUCCUCUACCUCCACUGGUGGGACCAUACUACUUCCAUCGAGGAGAUUAUGGAUUCCCUCCACAUUCUCGUCGAACAAGGAAAAGUCAUGUACCUUGGUAUUUCCGAUUCGCCUGCGUGGGUGGUUUCAGCCGCGAACACGUAUGCGCGCGCGCAUGGCAAGACACCAUUCUCUAUUUAUCAGGGACGGUGGAAUGUGAUGCGUCGGGAUUUCGAGAGGGAUAUUUUGCCCAUGGCAAGAUAUUUUGGAAUGGCGCUUGCGCCAUGGGAUGUGCUUGGGAGUGGGCAUUUCCAGACCGCGAAGCAAAUUGAGGAGCGGAAGAAGGCAGGUGAGGGAUUGCGGAGUGUAUUUGGGUCUGAGCAGACGGAGGAGGAGAAGAAGAUUUCGGAGGCUUUGGCUACUGUUGCGGGAGAACAUGGAAUUGAGUCUGUGACUGCUGUUGCCUUGGCUUAUGUGCUUUGCAAGGCGCCUAAUGUCUUCCCGCUUGUUGGGGGUCGCAAGAUUGAGCAUUUGCAUGAUAACAUUCAGGCUUUGAGUAUUCGGCUUACGGAGAAGCAGAUUGCUUUCCUUGAGGGGGCGACUGCUUUUGAUAUUGGGUUCCCUGGAAACUUUAUUGGUGUUGAUCCUGCUGUUAGUGGUCAGCCUUCGUUUUUGGCGGCCAUGGCUGGGAAGAUUGAUUAUGUUCAGGCGCCCAAGGCUGUUGGAUAUGAGCCUGCUAAAUAA